AUGGCCACCAUCGAGCCUCGUCUCAUCCAUCUGCUCAAUGAGUCGACAACGCCCCAGGUCCAGCACGCCGAUCUCCCGCCCCUCUAUGCUCUGCCGCUGCCCAUGUCCUCGGAACGCGCGCUCCCCCCCCUCGAGCCCGACGCAAGCCACCGCAACGACCGCUACGGAGUCGACGGGGUCACCUUUGCCGCCAGCGCCUUUGCCUUCUCCCUCCCCGGCGAUGACCCUUCCGCCGCCCAUCGCAAGGAUGAGGCACGAUGGGAAGCAAGGUACCCUACUGGCCCUUCCGCCUACCCUGUGCGACUGCUGCUGGGCGAAUCGGAUGCAGCAGAGCACUCGUCUCACGCCCACACCCACGCCAAGAUCCUCAAUGAGCUGCCCGACGCGCCCGACGAAGCCUACAACAAGAAGCGAGCUCGCAACCUUCACGCCAAAGACGACUUUGUCCAGCUGCCCCAGCCGAUGAAGAAGCAAAAGGCCGCCCAGCAGACGCUGGCCAUGCCGCCCAUCAUCAACGGCCUGCACGAACCCCCUCCGCAUGCCGCCCUCUUCCCACCCAUUGCCUCGUCCAAUUCCUUCAGCCAGCACGACACGAGCCAGAUGAAGCUGCUACCGGACUUUGGCCGCGGAGCCGAAGACAAGAGUAACACCUCGACCUCGUCGGAUGCCGACAAAAUAGUCUACAGGGGAAGGAAGCGCGCCACGAAGCCGCGGAGGAAGUGGUCCGAGGAAGAGACGAAGCAUCUCCUGUUGGGCGUCAACCGCCAUGGUGUUGGCAAAUGGACCACCAUCUUGGAGGAUCCCGACUUUACCUUCAACGACCGCACCGCCGGAGAUCUCAAGGACCGAUUCAGGACCUGUUGCCCCGUGGAGCUUCGCGGACCGGGCGGGGCCGGGCAACCCGACUCGCCACCGCCGCCGCCGCCUCCUAAGCCGCGGGAACCGAGCCAAAAGGCAAAGAAGGGCAUCCACUCGGAGAAUAUCCUCAUUGAAGAAGACGAGUCGCCGAAGGAGACAUUGCCGAAGGAGAAUGCCAAGAUGGAGGACCUGGCCGUGUUGGGCAUCCAUGGGCCGUUCAAGAAGUCCCUACGACGCGAAAGACGCCCGUUCACGAACCUGGAUGACCGUGAGAUCCUGGAUGGCCUCGACAUCUAUGGCCCUGCCUGGACCAAAAUCCAACGCGACCCCCGCUUCCACCUGUCCACCAGGCAGCCAACCGACUUGAGAGAUCGGGUGCGCAACAAGUACCCGGGCGUAUACCAGCGCAUUGAAAAGGGCACGUUCCAGGCCAAAGAUGAGGCCUGGGGCAACAAUACACUCGAACCUUCAAUCGUCAUGUCGAUAGACGAUUCGCUCAAGCGACCCAGGCCCGCUACGGGUGGCACUGAGCUGCCCGUUUGGUCCCUACACACGAUAGACUCGUCGAGCUACGUUCAUGCGCCACAGAGCUUCGAAUUCGGCGAGGCAAGCGCGCCACAUGUCAUGGGAGGCACAUCCGAGGCAUGGGGCUGA